CUGUUUAGCUCUGGCUCUUCUGUGUAUACAACCCCGCCCCCCUCCUACUCUUGCUCCCAUCAACACAAACCAGCGUCAAUUCAGCGAGAUAGUCCAAGAGAAUCAGCUCUGUUCUUUCAGUACCGCAACUUCCCAAGUCCUCUACUGCCAUACAGAAGGAUCACAAGUCAGUGUCCACUCUCCAGCAGCGCAGCAAGAACAACAAGGACAAGGAGGGAUGGCUGCCCCGGCGAAGGCGUCGUGGCUGGUGGCCAUGAGCGUGGGCGCUGUGGAGGCCCUCAAGGACCAGGCGGGGCUUUGCCGCUGGAACUAUGCGCUCAGCUCCAUCCACCGGGCAGCCAAGGCCAGGGCCAACGUCCGCGGCGGCGUCUCGCAGGGCCCCAAGCAGCUUGCGGCCUCUGCUGCGGCGGUGGCCGAGAGGCGACGGGCAGAGAAGGCCGAGGAGGGGCUGAGGACCAUGAUGUACCUCAGCUGUUGGGGCCCAAAUUAGGAGUACUAGUAGCUUAGUGGUGUUGUGUUCGUCGCAGCUUGUGCUUAGGCGACAACCCCAUGAUCGAUGUAAAUACAACACCAUGAUGAUGAUGAAAAUCUCGGCUAUGAUGAUGUUGAAAAUCUCGGCUAUGAGUUUAUA